UGAGCACAGAGACAGAUGAGCACAGAGACAGAUGAGCACAGAGACAGAUGAGGACAGAGACAGAUGAGCACAGAGACAGAUGAGCACAGAGACAGAUGAGCACAGAGACAGAUGAGCACAGAAGAUAUAUAGAUUAUGGAGAUGAAAACACAAAGACAGAAAAAUGUGUGAAUACACAUAUUCACAUAAUGAUACAAAUAUGAACACAUAUGCAUACAUACAACAAUUUAUAUAGAGAUGAUGACCACACAUAUAGACAUUAAAUCACAAACGACAACAAACAUACAAACACAGAUAAAAGAGGAACAAAUACCGAGCAGAAAUCUAUGGACACACUGUAGUGGUCUGUCUUACCACAGGCAGGUCUUUACAAAGCAGACUGAUAUGGACUGUAGUGGUCUGUCUUACCACAGGCAGGUCUUUACAAAGCAGACUGAUAUGGACUGUAGUGGUCUGUCUUACCACAGGCAGGUCUUUACAAAGCAGACUGAUAUGGACUGUAGUGGUCUGUCUUACCACAGGCAGGUCUUUACAAAGCAGACUGAUAUGGACUGUAGUGGUCUGUCUUACCACGGGCAGGUCUUUACAAAGCAGACUGAUAUGGACUGUAGUGGUCUGUCUUACCACAGGCAGGUCUUUACAAAGCAGACUGAUAUGGACUGUAGUGGUCUGUCUUACCACAGGCAGGUCUUUACAAAGCAGACUGAUAUGGACUGUAGUGGUCUGUCUUACCACAGGCAGGUCUUUACAAAGCAGACUGAUAUGGACUGUAGUGGUCUGUCUUACCACAGGCAGGUCUUUACAAAGCAGACUGAUAUGGACUGUAGUGGUCUGUCUUACCACAGGCAGGUCUUUACAAAGCAGACUGAUAUGGACUGUAGUGGUCUGUCUUACCACAGGCAGGUCUUUACAAAGCAGACUGAUAUGGACUGUAGUGGUCUGUCUUACCACAGGCAGGUCUUUACAAAGCAGACUGAUAUGGACUGUAGUGGUCUGUCUUACCACGGGCAGGUCUUUACAAAGCAGACUGAUAUGGACUGUAGUGGUCUGUCUUACCACAGGCAGGUCUUUACAAAGCAGACUGAUAUGGACUGUAGUGGUCUGUCUUACCACAGGCAGGUCUUUACAAAGCAGACUGAUAUGGACUGUAGUGGUCUGUCUUACCACGGGCAGGUCUUUACAAAGCAGACUGAUAUGGACUGUAGUGGUCUGUCUUACCACAGGCAGGUCUUUACAAAGCAGACUGAUAUGGACUGUAGUGGUCUGUCUUACCACGGGCAGGUCUUUACAAAGCAGACUGAUAUGGACUGUAGUGGUCUGUCUUACCACAGGCAGGUCUUUACAAAGCAGACUGAUAUGGACUGUAGUGGUCUGUCUUACCACAGGCAGGUCUUUACAAAGCAGACUGAUAUGGACUGUAGUGGUCUGUCUUACCACAGGCAGGUCUUUACAAAGCAGACUGAUAUGGACUGUAGUGGUCUGUCUUACCACGGGCAGGUCUUUACAAAGCAGACUGAUAUGACUGUAGUGGUCUGUCUUACCACAGGCAGGUCUUUACAAAGCAGACUGAUAUGGACUGUAGUGGUCUGUCUUACCACAGGCAGGUCUUUACAAAGCAGACUGAUAUGGACUGUAGUGGUCUGUCUUACCACAGGCAGGUCUUUACAAAGCAGACUGAUAUGGACUGUAGUGGUCUGUCUUACCACGGGCAGGUCUUUACAAAGCAGACUGAUAUGGACUGUAGUGGUCUGUCUUACCACGGGCAGGUCUUUACAAAGCAGACUGAUAUGGACUGUAGUGGUCUGUCUUACCACAGGCAGGUCUUUACAAAGCAGACUGAUAUGGACUGUAGUGGUCUGUCUUACCACAGGCAGGUCUUUACAAAGCAGACUGAUAUGACUGUAGUGGUCUGUCUUACCACAGGCAGGUCUUUACAAAGCAGACUGAUAUGGACUGUAGUGGUCUGUCUUACCACAGGCAGGUCUUUACAAAGCAGACUGAUAUGGACUGUAGUGGUCUGUCUUACCACAGGCAGGUCUUUACAAAGCAGACUGA